AUGGGGAAGCUGCUGCUGUGUGUUGGGCUGCUCCUUGUGCUGAAACACCAUGAUGGUGCUGCCCACAAGCUGGUGUGUUAUUUCACCAACUGGGCAUUCAGUCGGCCCAGCCCUGCCUCGAUCCUGCCCCGGGAUCUGGACCCCUUUCUCUGCACCCACCUAGUAUUUGCCUUUGCUUCAAUGAACAACAAUCAGAUUGUUCCUAAGGAUCCCCUGGAUGAGAAAAUCCUCUACCCAGAGUUCAACAAGCUCAAGGAGAGGAACAGGGGGCUGAAAACACUGCUGUCCGUCGGGGGGUGGAACUUCGGCACCUCGAGGUUCACCAAGAUGCUGUCCACAUUUUCCAACCGGGAAAGGUUUGUCAAUUCAGUGAUCGCCCUCCUGAGGACACAUGGCUUCGAUGGUCUGGACCUCUUCUUCUUGUACCCUGGACUCAGAGGCAGCCCCGCACGUGACCGCUGGACCUUUGUCUUCUUACUUGAGGAGCUCCUGCAGGCCUUCAAGAAUGAGGCCCAGCUCACCAUGCGCCCAAGGCUGCUGCUGUCUGCUGCCGUCUCUGGGGACCCCCACGUCAUCCAGAAAGCAUAUGAUGCACGCCUUCUGCGUAGACUCCUGGAUUUCAUCAGCGUCUUGUCUUACGACUUACAUGGAAGCUGGGAAAAGGUCACAGGACACAAUAGCCCUCUGUUCUCUCUGCCUGGAGACCCCAAAUCUUCGGCAUAUGCCAUGAGCUACUGGCGACAGCUUGGGGUCCCCCCCGAGAAGCUCCUCAUGGGGCUCCCCACCUAUGGACGUACUUUUCACCUCCUCAGAGCCUCUCAGAAUGAGCUCGGGGCAGGAGCUGUGGGACCAGCAUCUCCAGGGAAGUACACCAAGCAAGCUGGCUUCUUGGCUUAUUAUGAGGUUUGCUCUUUUGUCCAGAGAGCGAAGAAGCGCUGGAUUAAUGAUCAGUAUGUCCCAUAUGCCUUCAAGGGGAAGGAGUGGGUUGGCUAUGAUGAUGCCAUCAGCUUCGGUUACAAGGCAUUUUUCAUAAAGAGAGAGCAUUUUGGGGGGGCCAUGGUGUGGACAUUGGACCUGGAUGACUUCAGGGGCAAUUUCUGCGGCACUGGCCCUUUCCCCCUUGUCCACACGUUGAAUAAUCUCCUGGUGAAUGAUGAGUUCAGCUCAACUCCUUCACCAAAAUUUUGGUUCUCAACUGCUGUGAAUUCUUCAAGAAUUGGCCCUGAAAUGCCAACUAUGACCAGAGAUUUGACCACUGGUUUGGGCAUUUUGCCCCUAGGAGGAGAGGCUGUGGCCACUGAGACUCAUAGAAAGUCUGCAACUAUGACCACAACCCCCAGAGGUGAGAUUGCAACCCCUACAAGGACCCCUCUAUCAUUUGGAAGGCGCACUGCUGCUCCAGAAGGGAAGACUGAGAGCCCUGGAGAGAAGCCCCUGACCACUGUGGGCCAUCUGGCGGUGAGCCCUGGAGGGAUAGCUGUGGGUCCCGUGCACCUUCAGACUGGACAGGAGGUCACACCCCCAGGAAGGAAGGCUGGAGUCCCUGAGAAGGUGACCACUCCCUCCGGAAAGAUGACAGUCACCCCUGAUGGGAGGGCUGAGACUCUGGAGAGACUUUGACCUCUGAGGUGGACCCUGAGGCCUGGUGGGUUACUUUGGUCUUCAGACAGAAGCUGAAAAGUGGGUGCUGCUCUCUGGCUCUGUCAUCUCACCUCCUUGGACAACUCCUCUUGCUUUUGACAACC